GGCAUGCCGCCCUCUCUGCUGGCCCUCAGGUUUCUCCCCUUUCCAUGACCGUGCAGCACCUCGAGUCGCCGGCGACGCAGACUCCCCCGCCAGAGACACCCGAUCUGAGCCCGCCCUCGCCACCACCAUCCCGCCAAGGGAAAAGAAAGUCGUGCGAGGAGCCGAGCGACCCCUUUACCGACCCGCCGUGCAGAGGGAGGGACCGUGUGCGUGCGUGCCGGGCGUCAUGCAGUACCGAAGACCCGUUUACCCCCGUCUUCACCGACGAUGACGACGUCGAGCCGCCGCCUGGGAAAGGGAAGGGGAAGGAGACACCUGAGGAGGAGGCGCGCUGGCGGAAGUCGUUGAGGGAGCGCAAGCUCAUGCUUACGCUGGAGAACUCGGGGAGCGUCGCGCGGGACCAUCUUGCCUCGGAGCGGACGUUUCUUGCGUACGUCAGGACGAGCCUCACGAUGUCAUCUGCGGGAGUUGGGUUGGUCCAACUCUUCUCCCUGUCGGCCUCGACCGCCCACAAGACGGACUUGGAGCAGUUCGCGCGGCCGCUGGGUGCGGUCAUGAUAGGCAUCGGGCUAUUCACGCUCGGCGUCGGCGUGGUGCGCUAUUUCCUCGUCCAGAAUGCGCUUGUCCGCGGGGUAUACCCGGUCGCGCGGGUCAGCACGACCGCACUCUCGUUUUUCGUGCUGGUGAUGGUCAUCGCGGUGUUCAUCGUGAUCCUGGCUCGAACAUAGACGUUGGUCGAAGGUCCACGGCUACCCAAGACUGGAUAUCUCCUCUGCACACCACAUCGUUAGACACUUGCUAUGACUGCUAUCAAUAUUACGGAACACUUGC